AGUAUUCUGUCACUUCGGUGUUAAUUUGUAAACAAACUAAUUUAUUUGUGCAUGCUUAUAAGGAAUUUUUAUUUAAUAUUAUUAAAAUGGAUCAUAUAUUCUCCGUAAGAAGAAAGCCUCCAAAAGGAAUAGAUUCCUUUUAUCUGCAAGUUAUUGAAUCGUGUAAUAGUAAAGCGUUCUUAACCUCAAACUGUUUUAGGUUAGACAAUAGCUUAAUUUGUACGAUUUCUAGUACAAACGUAAUUGCAUUCACUACGAAUACAAAAAUCGAAGAAAAUAACAUUCGUACAUAUGGUUCGCAUGUCUAUGUAGCUGAUUUGAAUACUCCAUGGUUAGCACAUAGAGUAUAUUCUAGUCCACAUUUAGUUACAGUACUUCAGUGGGAUUUUACUGCUGAACUUCUUCUUUUAGCUGAUGAAUGCGGACAUAUUAGAAUUUAUAAAAGCAAAGAUCAUUUAUUGAAUGAUUGGCAGCUAUUUUCUGAAACAUCUCUUGAUGGUGAACAUAUUUUAGCUGCUGCAUUUUUCCAUUCAGGAAAGAAGAUUUGUUUAAAUUUAGAAAAGAAAGAGAGUUCAUCUUAUACAGAAAAAUUCCAAAAUGUUAAGUUUUCUUGUUCAGUAAAAAAGUUUGGAAGUAGACCUUGUAACGGGGCUCUUAUUUUAACAACAACAGGGAUGUUAGCAGCUAUUUUAUUACCACAUCCAACUUCUCAAUCACAAAGCAUGAUAGUUGCUACUGAAAGUUUGGCGGCCACUAGAAUUCAAAUAAAAACCGCUGAUAUUUGUUAUGGAAAAAAUGGCCAUUUUCUUUUGGCUGUAAGCAAUGGGGAAACAUCAACUCCUAUUCAAUGUUUUAAUGUAGCUGUUACAAAAGGGGAUGAAAAAUGUAAUAUAAUCAGUCAAUCAUUACCCAGUUUCUUUUUAUCAGAUGAUGGAAAAGACAAUCAUUUUAAAAAUAUAAAAGCUUACAUUAGUCAUAUAAAAUGGGUCAUGAGGGAGGAUGCUGAUUCUUUAGUUGUGGCUGCUUGUUAUGAUGGAGGAAGUUAUCUUCAAGCUUGGGAAUUACAUGAAAAGACAUUUCCUGUACAUGAAUUAUUAGCUGGAUCUGAACCAAAAUAUUAUAACACUGUGAUUUGGCAAUAUCAAUCAAAUUUUCAACACAACCACAAAGUAGUCUCAUUAGCAACAAGUAAAUUAACAAUUUUAAACAAUGUCUCAAGCAAUUACAUAGUGGCUGCAUUUGCUGAUAAUUCAAUUCAUUGUUUAAACAGAGAUUCUUUAAAAAUCUUAGCAAGUACAAGUUUACAUAUAGUUCCAGCAAAUGAUGAACCACUUUAUAGAAAACCAAGAACAAUUCCUGAUAUUUUACACAUUGAUAUGUCUUGGUUAGGAAAUAUUCUUUUAGUUAUUGACGUUGAUGGAUUUGUGCAUAUGUUCAAAUUGCUUCCACAAAUAGACAAUUUAAUUCCAUUAAGUGUACCAUAUGCCACGACAAUUUUGGAAUAUUGUUUAAUAACGGGAUUAGAUUGGUUGGAUUUGUUGUUGGUUCUAAGACCAACCAUGUUAGACGCUUUAUGCGAUCGAUUAACAGAAAGUUUUAACAAACAAACACCAGCGACCCAACAAUUUUUUUAUUUACAGUAUCUGUGCAUAAAAACGUCUUUGUAUCGAUUAAGUUCUCAAGGACAUAACAAAGCGAUUGAUUUAACGUUAUUUUUGAUGUUGCAAAGUAUUUCGACGGCAUUUAAAAGUUUAUUAAGACCAAGUGAAACAAGUAGUCACGAAAAAAGUCCAGCCGAUUCUUUAACAAGUGUUAUAAAUGAAGGCCAAGGUGAUGUAGAUAAAGUUUUAAUGAAUUUGGAAGCUAAAGAAUUUACUGUUGAACCAUAUACUUUACAAAGUCUUCAACAAUUGAUACAAUGGGUGGCUGAUUUGGCUUUAAAUUUAUUGGUAAAACUUCCAGAUAGCCGCCCAACAGCGAUGAAACCUUACGAAUUAGUUAAAGAUGUUAAGGCGUUGAAUACGUUACGGGAAAUGUUGGUUCUAAUUCGAAUUUGGGGAUUGUUGAGACCCGCUUGUUUACCUGUUUUCACUAAAUCAGAUGCCACUUUGGACGUUUUAUCUUUGUUGUUUCGUCUGUUGAGUCGCUUGAUACAGAAUGUUAAUGAACCUGAUGAUCUUUUAAUAGGUAAGUUAAAGAAAUUUUUUAGUUUAGAAACUUUAUUGUAUUUUUAUUAACAUUCUUGGCGUUCA